AUGACAGCAACAAACAACAACAGCAACUAUAUCGUUUCUGAUGAAAAAGUUAUUGAUUCAUUAGCUGAGGAAUUAGUUGUGGCAGAAACUAAAACCCUCAACGAAAGAAUUGGUGAAAACAAGAUUGAUUUACAUAACUACCUCAAACACGAUGGAGGAAGAGGAAGGAAAACUGGUAUGGCUUUAUUAGUAAAUAAAAUUUCAAAUUUAACGAUUAUAGAUGUUGAUAUCAAUAAAUCAUACAAUGAUGAACUUAAAGAAACAGUUAGAAAAGACAUUUUAUCAAAACUUUUGGAUAAAGAUGUUAUCGUUAAAACCGCUUCAGGAGGUCUUCACAUUUAUUGUAACACUAAUUUCUUCUAUUCAGUUUCGAACAGAAUGAUUAAAUGCUAUUCCUGCAAUGAUUACGAUAUUGAUAUAAUGACUUCUAUGGAUGAUUCAAAGCGUUCUUUAGUAGUUAUGGCUGAUUCAAGAGUUCGCAAGAAUGCAACAGAACCAAUCAAUACAUACUCAUUCAUUCGUGGAA